CUUUCACUGACUGAACACACACACACACACAGACACAGAGAGAAUAUCGGGAUCACAGAAUAUCAGCCUACAUUACAGUAUUAACAACAUGGCUCUGGACAUCGGCACCUGGGAUCUGGCGUGCGAGUUCAAUAACACGGACCACCACACGGAGCUGAACGGCACGGACCGGCUGAUCGUACGGCGAGGACAAGCCUUCACCGUUAGCCUGUAUCUGAACUCUGGCUCUUACCAGCCUGGAUACAGUCAGAUGCACAUCACUGCAGAGACAGGCCCUCAGCCGGUGGAGCAGUACGGGACCAGGGCCGUGUUCGGUCUCAGUGCUGAGAUCGACAGCUCGUGUUGGAGUGCUGCGGUGACCAGUCCUCCCGCGGACACCGUGUGUCUGAGUGUGUGUCCCGCGCCCGACGCUCCCAUCGGCCGAUACGUCCUGACCAUAGAUGAGCGCGUCCAGUUUGAGUUCAUCCUGCUGUUCAAUCCCUGGUGUCCGAGAGAUGUGGUGUACAUGGACAGCGAGGAGAAACUGGCGGAGUAUGUUCUGGCCCAGGAUGGCAUCAUCUUCAGGGGCGAUGCCGAAUACCCCGUCCCGUUAGCCUGGGACUUUGGACAGUUCGAGCAGGGCAUACUGGACACCUGUUUAAGAAUCCUGGACAUGAACCCCAAACACAAAAGGAACCCUGGGAAGGACUGUUCUGGGCGCAGAAACGUCAUCUAUGUCACACGAGUGCUCAGUGCUAUGAUUAACAGUAAUGACCGGGACGACGGGGUCCUGGAGGGCUGCUGGAAAAACACGUUUGACGGAGGCGUGAGUCCCAUGUCCUGGAGGGGAAGCGUUCAGAUCCUGAGGAUGUGGGACAACACCUCCUGUAUGGGGGUGAAAUACGGACAGUGCUGGGUCUUUGCAGCCGUCGCCUGUACAGUGUCUCGCGCUCUGGGAAUCCCAUGCAGGGUGAUCACAAACUACUAUUCUGCCCAUGAUACCAACAGCAACCUCGUGAUCGAGCGUUACGUCAACGAGAAAGGUGAAAUAGACAGCGGCAGCACCAGAGAUAUGAUAUGGAACUACCACUGCUGGAUUGAGAGUUGGAUGACGCGAGCCGAUCUCCCUCCAGGAUUUGACGGCUGGCAGGCGAGUGACCCGACGCCGCAGGAGAAAAGUGAAGGUGUGUUCUGCUGCGGGCCGGUUCCUGUGCGGGCCAUAAAAGAGGGAGAGCUCACCUUCAAAUACGACGCUUCGUUUGUGUUCGCGGAGGUCAACGCAGACUUAGUGCACUAUCUGAGGUAUAAAGAUGGGAACACAAGAAAAAUCGUGAAUGACCAAAAAGUGGGACAGAAGAUCAGCACCAAGAGCGUAGGCCGAGAUGUGAGAGAAGACGUCACACACCUGUACAAAUACCCUGAAGGUUCUGCGGAGGAGAGGCAGGUUUUCGAGAAAGCAAACCACCAGAACAAGCUUCAACAGCAGCAGGUGAACACUGGGCUUCACAUCAGCAUCAAGCUGUCCACGGGGAUCCGGAAGGGCUGCGACUUCGACGUGUUCGCCAUAGUGACGAAUAACACCACGGAGGAUAAGAAGUGCCGUCUGGUGUUUGCGUCGCGUGCCGUGUCUUAUAACGGAGUUGUGGGCCAAGAGUGUGGCUUUAAAGACCUGCUCAACGUGGAACUGGCUCCUGGAGGAGAGAGGAAGGUUCCUCUGAGACUGAACUACAGUAAAUACUGUAAUAAUCUAACGGAGGAUAACCUCAUCCGCCUGGGCGCUCUGCUGAUCGACUACGGCACCAGGGAAGUCAGCAUGGCCAUGCGGGACGUCGUGCUGGACGAGCCCGAGAUCAAAAUCAGGAUUCUGGGAGAACCCAAAGAGAACCGUAAGCUGGCGGCAGAGCUGACCUUACAGAACCCGCUGCCCGAACCCUUGCAGAGCUGUUGCUUCACCAUAGAGGGCGCCAACCUCACGGGCGGCAGCAGCAUCACCGAGAAGCUGGAGUCCGCCAUCGAACCUGGGCAGGAGGCCAAAGUUAAAAUCUACUUCACCCCCACUCAGUCCGGCCUGCGCAAACUUGUGGUGGAUUUUGACAGUGACAAGCUGGGCCACGUUAGAGGAUACAGGAACGUCAUCAUCGGAAAAUGAGAGUCUUUGCUGGUGAAAAACAGAAUGUGAAAUCAUCUAUUUUCCAUGUACUUAUCGUCAUAAUCUUUUAUAUCCUGUAUUUUUGUUAUAAUGUGAAAAGCCACACUACGUUUCUGGCUUCUUAGCAGCUCAUACUCUACACACACCGCAUGUUUUCAAGCACAAAACAUUGUAUGCAAUCUUUUUAAUUUUUAGGACACGGAAGCAUGCACAUCGCUGGAUGUGUGUUUGGAGACGCAUUGCAUUUUAUACUUAUAUAAAAAAUGAUGCAUUGAAAAGAUGGCAAUGUGGCAUUGAGAUUUUUAGGUGCGAGAGUAAACAUUUCACAUGCAUCUUUAUGGUUUUUCUUCAAAUAUAUUUUUAUAUUCAGCUGUUACUUCUUCAUUAAAAAAAUAUGCUAUAAUCUUGGAUGGAGUGUUUUUAGUCUGUAUCAUGUAAAAGGCUCAGAAGAAGAAUCAAAAUAUAAUUUUUUGAAAAUUCUAAGUAAAAAAAAAUGCAAUUCUUAAAACUAUAAGCAGCAAAAUCUGUUCUCAAAAGUGAAAAUGUAUGAUGAUGCCUAUUGAGUGAUCAGAAACCAGUCCACAUACUAAAAAUAACCCAACGAAUAACCCAACUAUGGGGUGGUAUAACCUUCCAAACUGUGGGUUAUUUUAACCCAAUGCAUUGGGUUAAACUCUAGUUGGGUUAAAUAACCCAACAGUUGAGUUAAAUAUUUAAAUAGGCUAUUUAACCCAACAGUCGGGCUAUUUUUAGAAAUUACCCAACGAUUUUAAAAAGAAAAAUAUUAAAAAUAACCCAACAUAUUGACCCAAUGUGUAACGCAACAGUUUGGUUAAACAAAUAACCCAAUGUUUUUUUACUGAAAUAUGGUCCUUAAUUUGAAUCGUAUUGUUUUAAUUCCUAAAAGUCCUAAAGUAAUGACCCCAUUUAAUGUUUUCUUCCGUUUAAUCACUGUACAGACUUGCACAUGUUUGAUCUACUUCAGUUAAUGACCAGAAGGAUGUUAUCAACAUAAACACUAGUAGAUUACCUCAGCACACAGCACUUCAUGUGCCAAUAGAGGGAGUCUUUCCCAAACACCGUUGCUAUAGAGCAGAUAAACAUUUACACAUCAAUCUGACAUUUGGCAUUGUUUUCUGACCACAUUCACUGUUUCAUAACAGGUAAUAAAUAAAUCAACUCACCAUUA